AUGACAGUGUCCUGUGACUGCCUGAGUUCACGACUUCCUCGGAAUACGGCUUCCAUGUCUACAAAGUAUCAGAAUAAAUCAAUGCGGAAUGCUGAGAGAAGAGGGUUUUCUGUGCAGACCCGGAGGUUCGAUCCUGAAGAGAGUCAGAAUGGAAACCCGGGACCAGGCGCGUAUAUGUCUCACAGCCCUCCUGAGGUCAGCAGCCCCUCAUUCUCUAAGAGAGGCGCGGGAGGUCUGGCCACGCAGGCUGCUCGAAUCCCACCCUCGCGCCAGCGGCACACCCCCGGGCCCAACACUUACAACCUGCAGUCCUCUCUGCUCCUGAAACACUGCUUCAGCCAGGUCGGAUCCAGCGCGUUCCAGCCUCCCAUCGCCGUGACGACGGAGACCUUCAAAAACAUCACACCCGCCCCCAACCAAUAUAAGGUGUCCUUCAAUGGGAUCGACAGAAACACUGCAGGGUCCACACAGUCUGUGUUUCUGUCCAAAACAGGACGAAGUAACCCGUAUUCUAACAUUUCAGAUUGGCCAUCCCCAUGUGAGUACAGCGUGACCGACGCCUUCACCAGGCCACAACCCAGGGUGCCCUUCUCCUGCUUCAAGUCCAACUCCGCCCGGAUCCUCUGCUCAGCAACGAGCCAGGUGCCCGGCCCCGGAACCUACAACCCCCACGAGCCCCCCGAGCCCCCAACGAGGGCCAUCCUACCGAGGGGGCACUACUUGUGUCUGUCUGCUCCUGCUGUCCCACCCCCAAAGGCUGCACCUUUCCCAGGCCCUGGCCAAUACAACAUCCCCCCCUGUGAUGCUCCGCCCAAUAUGCCCAUGCCCGGGACUGUGUUCUUGUCUAGGAAGAGCAGAUGGGUCAAUCCAGCCACAGGAAGGGGUUUCCCUGCCCCCGGCCCAGGUUACUAUGACCCUGCAGAGCCAGUGAAACAGUCCUUCCUCUACAAUCAGCUGAAGAAGUGGGUCCCUGCAUGAGGUCCUGAAGAGCUAAAGUGUGUGUAUUUUUAACAGUCCUG